AUGACUAAAAAGCAUCGUGACUGGCAUGACAAGCUCCCUUACGCACUAAUGGCGUAUCGGACUUCUAUCCGAACAUCAACUGGGGCAACACCCUACUCGCUCAUGCAUGGAAUGGAAGCAGUGCUGCCUGCCGAAGUCGAAAUCCCUUCAUUGCGUAUUCUAAUGGAGACCAAGUUGGAGGAGGCUGAUUGGAUAAAGCAGUGUUAUGAACAACUAUCUUUGAUUGAUGAAAAGCGGCUUGAUGCUAUUUGUCACGGCCAAUGUUACCAAAAGCGCAUGGCCCGGGCCUACAACAAGAAGGUUCAUUUGCGUACAUUUGAGGAAAGCGACAAAGUGGUGAAGCGGAUUUUGCCAGUGCAAGAUGAGGCCAAAGGCAAGUUCGCUCCAAAUUGGCAAGGGCCAUUCAUUGUUCAAAAGGUACUACCUGGCGGAGCCCUCAUUCUGGCAGAAAUGGACGGACAAACUUUUCCUCAACCUAUCAACUCGGACAUCCGAUCGGAGAUUAGGCUAGCUGCUGAGCAUAAUAGGUUGGAGGCUGCUCGUUUGGAGAUUGAGCGACAGAGGUCUAGGGUGAUUCGACUAGCUAAGGGGAUCCGUGAUAGGAGUGCCGGUAUCAGGGUCGAUGCCGCUAUGUUGAUGGACGAGGCCACUAGUUUUCUUCAGGGUAACGAGCAGGCAGACCCGGAGGAGGAUCCGGAGGAGGAUCCGGCGCAGGACGUUGCUCCUGAUAGCCCUGCUGAGGGUUAG